AAUAAAUAGUUCUUUUAGAAAUUUGAAACAUUCACGAUCUCGUAUCACACAAUUUUCGUAGAAGAAAUAUCAAACAUCGAAUGACACACAGAUGCACAUUGCUCUUUAUCAUCGACAUAUCUCACAAAUGGUGGGGGAAUUUGCACAGCGUGGUUAAAAGGAUAUACUUUUAAAAUGGAAUUGUAGUGUUUUACGUGAGUCUAUCAUAGAAUGAGCGCGAGAGAACGAUUAAAAGGAUCUACGCGCCAUGACUAUUCUCGGGCCGUUUUUACUGGAACAUUCACCGAGUGGCAAGAAUUUUUGUUAGAAAAGGAAAGCGUUUUUUGGAGCAUAGUACGCUUAUUUGAUUAUUUAUUACGAGGUUUCAGUCAAGUUGUAUUUGCAAAUAAUCCAAUUAGUGGAUUAUUGAUAACGAUUUCUUUAGGAGUUAAUGCACCAGGUACGUUACUCCUCUCAGCAAUCACUGGUUCCCUAGGUCUUCUAUUAUCUGUGCUGAUACGAGAUUCACAGGAAAAUAUCGCAAAUGGGUUAACAGUGUUCAAUCCAUUAUUAGUUGGCGCGAUAUCGUCUAGUUUAAUACCAAAUAUCUAUGGACCAUUCGAUGAUUUCAGUCUACUACUGAUUAUUCUGGGAACGAUCUUUAGCGUUUACUUGACCCGCUCUUUCAAAAACAAUAAGUUACCAUUCAUAGCAUGGCCGUUUAAUCUGGCUGAAUUUGCGUUGCUCUUGGUCCUUUAUGCCAAAGACAAUGGACUUGAUACGUCGGAGGAACUGCAACCAGUUACGAGAAUGGACAAUGCAACAAGUGAUGCGACGACAGGCAAUAUCAGUUUCAUCGGAGAAAAUGCGACAGGGAUACACAUUGACUGGGGGAUGAUGUUUCAUGGCGUUGUAGUGUCAGCGUCGCAGGUGUUAGCAGUUGAAAGCGUUAUUAUGGGUGCUGUGGUUUAUUUAGCUUGUCUACUUUGUUCUCCGAUAACGGCUGGCUUUGCUUUUUUGGGUGCACUCAUCGGUUCAUUGGCGGGUUUAAUGCUUGGGAUACAAGUCGAUGAAAUUUAUGCCGGCUUGUGGGGUUACAACACUUUUCUGACGGGAGCUUCGUUAGGAACUUUAUUUGCGUUUAGCGGACAAACAGCUGUAGCUGUGAUCGUAGCGAUCGUAUACACCGUGAUCGUGCAGUAUGGCGUAUUGUUCUUCUUUAGAGAUCUGAAAUUGCCGAUACUGUCGUUACCGUUCAUUCUGGUGGCUUCUUUGUUUCUGCAAUUAAGGAACGACUCAGAAGAUAAAACUUUUCUGCAACCCCCGCCUAUUUCUGCCCCACAGGAACAACGUCGGGAUUGUCUUGCCAACCAACAGCUUAUUCAGCAAAUAAAUGACGCAGAAAAUAUCGGAAACGGUGCUAAAGAUCGAAAAAAUAUAUCAACACUUGACGUUUAAUGAUAAAAUAAGCAUAAUGCGAUAUUUUUAUUUGCACGUUUCAUACGAAAGUUUUAUAGAAAUUUGAAUUCAAUGUCCUAUAUCUGCUUUCACUCGCUAUUUCUUCUCUCAUAAGAAAUACAUUGGAUUGCUACAACGAAUUUUUAACGAAAGCAUUCAAGAAUCUACAAGUCGAUCAAUAAAAUUACUUGGCUGCUUUUUUUAGCUUACGACGUGGAGCCCGUGUCGUAAAUUCGACGGAGAAUUUUCAUUUGUCCUGCAUAACGACUACUGCGUCUGUUCUUUUAUCGCGUUAACUACGUACUUUAUGUAUAUAAGACAUUCGGAUUUGUGACACGAUUCCUUAGAAAAUAUGAAAAAAAUACUUUCAAGUUUUCUCUUGUAUAUGAUGAAUCGAUAACAAUUUUCAUGAAUAGAGACCAAAUGCGAAGAUACGAAUAGAGAAACAACGUGACGCUGCUUCAUUAAAAAUAAAUUUUGCGAAUAUCUUCUUUCUUUCCUUAUGAAUCUAUCGAGGAUAGACCGCAGUCAAAAGAAUUUUGACUCGUCGCAAUAAUUUUGUAAAUAUUUUAAUUGCAAUAAUAAAAUGUCUAUAGUACUGGGUGCUAUUAACUAUGAACAUUUAUAUUUUAAUUAUUCUUCUAAUAUUUCAAUAUGCUACGGAAAGAACAAAGAGGGUAGAUAUAUGAUAUUCGACAGUGUCCUACAACUUCUACCACUCUAUUUCUACAUCUAACAAUCCUGGCAUAAUCUCAUCCUGUGUUCUAGUGCUUUUCAUCGACGCUACUAUUGUAAUAUACGAUAGUUGUUUCAUACUUUGUAAUAUACGUAACUACAUACAUAUUCAUGUAAUUUGCCAGCAGGAAUAUAUCGAAUAUUUCGUAAAGGUGAA